AUGGGUCACGCCGCAGGUCUCAGGGCUGGCACUCGCUAUGCCUUCUCUCGCGACUUCAAGAAGAAGGGUAUGAUCGCCCUGGGCACAUACCUCAAGCAGUACCGCGUCGGAGAUAUCGUCGAUGUUGUCGCCAACGGUGCUGUGCAGAAGGGCAUGCCAUACAAGGUCUACCACGGCAAGACCGGUGUUGUCUACAAUGUCACCAAGUCCGCAGUCGGCGUCAUCCUCUACCGACAGGUCGGCAACCGCUACAUCGAGAAGCGCAUCAACGUCCGCGUCGAGCACGUCCGCCACUCGCGCUCGCGUGAGGAGUUCAUCGUCCGUGUGAAGGACAACGCUGCCAAGAAGCGCAAGGCGAAGGAGACUGGCGAGCACCUGCACCUCAAGAGACAGCCAGUCAAGCCAAGAGAGGCGCGGACUGUCAGCGCCAAGGACAACAAGCCAGAGAGCGUUACGCCGAUAGCAUACGAGACGACGAUCUAA